AUGUCCAACAGUAACGAAAAGUCAUCCAUUAACUACUCACAACAACAACAACAAGAAGAACAACAACGGAGAAACACAGACUCUUCGCUAUCAGAAAAAUCCAUGAGCAACAACAACACUCCUAGCACAAAUAACACCAAAGUUGAAACCAACAACGACCAAGGUUUGGUAUCACAAGAAUACUAUAGACUCACAAUUGACCAGACAGCCAAAGACUUCAACACCGAUAUUUCAAAUGGGUUAUCUCCAAAAGAAGCUGAAUCAAGAAUUUCCAGUUAUGGUCCUAAUAAUCUCGGAGAAGAGGACUCCAUAUCCUACACGAAAAUAUUGGCCCAUCAAGUAUUCAAUGCUAUGAUUUUGGUGUUGUUCAUCAGUAUGAUUAUAGCACUAGCCAUUAGAGAUUGGAUCUCGGGUGGUGUUAUUGGCUUUGUUGUUGGUAUAAAUAUCCUUGUUGGGUUUGUUCAAGAGGUUAAAGCGGAAAAAACCAUGGGCUCUUUGCGUAACUUGUCAUCACCAACUGCAAGAGUGACCAGAAAUGGAGACGACAUCACUGUUCCUGCUGAAGAAGUUGUCCCUGGUGAUAUUGUUCACGUUAAAGUUGGAGACACAGUUCCUGCUGAUUUGAGAUUGUUUGAUUCCAUGAAUUUGGAAACUGAUGAAGCAUUGUUGACGGGGGAGUCAUUACCAGUACAAAAAGAUCACACAACUAUUUAUAGUGAUUAUUCAGUGCCUAUACCAGUGGGCGACAGGUUAAACUUGGUUUAUUCAUCUUCAGUCGUCUCCAAGGGAAGAGGAUCGGGUAUUGCUUAUGGGACUGGGUUGAACACUGAAAUUGGUCAAAUUGCUCAGUCUUUGAGAGGAAAGACUGGGUUGAUUCGCAAAGUUGACAAGUCAAACGGUAAACCAAAGAAAAGAGAAUAUGGACGUGCUUUUGCUGGAACAAUUUAUGACAUUGUGGGAAACGUCCUUGGUAUUACUGUCGGUACUCCGUUGCAAAGAAAACUUUCUUGGUUGGCCAUUUUCUUGUUUUGGGUGGCUGUUGUAUUUGCCAUUGUUGUAUUGGGCUCUCAAAAGAUGAUCGUCAAUCGUGAAGUUGCCAUUUAUGCCAUUUGUGUUGCAUUGUCAAUGAUUCCAUCAGCUCUUAUUGUUGUCUUAACCAUUACAAUGGCUGUUGGGGCUCAAGUUAUGGUUUCGAAAAAUGUUAUUGUCAGAAAGUUGGACUCGUUGGAAGCUCUUGGUGGUAUUAACGAUAUCUGUUCCGACAAGACGGGUACAUUAACACAGGGUAAAAUGAUUGCCAAAAAAGUCUGGUUGCCAAAUGUUGGUACAUUGGAAGUGCAAAACUCAAACGAGCCUUAUAACCCAACUGUUGGUGACGUAAGGUAUGCACCAUACUCGCCAUUUUUCAUCAAAGAAACCGAUGAAGAAGUUGAUUUCAACAAGCCUUACCCAGACCCAAUGCCACAAAGCAUGCACAACUGGUUAAUGACUGCCACUUUGGCCAAUAUCGCCACCGUCAACCAAAGCAAAGACGAAGAGCUGGGUGAAUUAGUUUGGAAAGCUCAUGGGGAUGCCACUGAAAUUGCCAUUCAGGUUUUCACCACCAGAUUGGGCUAUGCAAGAGAGUCGCUUGUUGACGGAUUUGACCAUGUUGCUGAGUUCCCCUUUGACUCAUCAAUUAAAAGAAUGUCGGCAGUUUACAAGGACAGAGAUAGUGGAGAGACUAGAGUCUACACAAAAGGUGCUGUUGAAAGGGUUGUGCAAUUGUGUACCACAUGGUAUGGUGAAGGUACUGAUGAUUCACAGGAAUUGAAAGAAUUGACCGAUUCCGAUAAACAUUUGAUUGAGGAGAACAUGACAGCUUUAUCAUCUCAAGGAUUGAGGGUAUUGGCAUUUGCCACAAGAACAAUUGAUAGCGACUGUGAUAAUCGUGAAGCUGUUGAAUCCAACUUGAUUUUCCAAGGUCUCAUUGGUAUUUAUGAUCCUCCAAGAGAAGAAACUGCCGGUUCAGUUAAGUUGUGUCACCGUGCUGGUAUCAAUGUCCAUAUGCUUACUGGUGACCAUCCAGGUACUGCCAAAGCUAUUGCUCAAGAAGUUGGAAUCUUGCCUCAUAACUUGUACCACUAUUCAGAUGAUGUCGUCAAAGUCAUGGUUAUGACAGCAAACGAGUUUGAUGCUUUGUCGGAUGAAGAAAUUGACAACUUGCCUGUAUUGCCAUUGGUUAUUGCCCGUUGCGCACCACAAACCAAAGUCCGUAUGAUUGAUGCUUUACAUCGUCGUGAAAAAUUUGCCGCCAUGACUGGUGACGGUGUUAAUGAUUCACCAUCUUUGAAGAAAGCUGAUGUUGGUAUUGCUAUGGGACUUAACGGAUCCGAUGUGGCUAAAGACGCUUCAGAUAUUGUUUUAACUGAUGACAAUUUUGCAUCCAUUUUGAACGCAAUUGAAGAAGGUAGAAGAAUGUCAGCAAAUAUCCAAAAGUUCGUGUUGCAGUUGUUGGCCGAAAAUGUUGCUCAGGCUUUAUAUUUGAUGAUUGGUUUGGCAUUUAUCGAUGAAUCAGGGUUUUCGGUUUUCCCAUUAUCGCCAGUUGAAGUAUUGUGGAUUUUGGUGGUUACUUCAUGCUUCCCAGCAAUGGGAUUGGGUCAAGAGAAAGCCAGUGACGACAUUUUGGAAAAACCACCAAACAAUACCAUUUUCACUUGGGAAGUGAUUAUUGACAUGUUGGGUUACGGUUUUUGGAUGGCGUGUUCAUGUUUGCUUUGCUUUGUGGUUAUUGUCUUUGGCCAUGGAAAUGGUGACUUGGGGGUGGACUGUAAUUCGAUGGAUGCCGAUACUGAUAUUUGUGGAUUGGUGUUCCGUGGAAGAUCGGCUUCAUUUGCAAACAUGACUUGGUGUGCAUUGAUACUCGCUUGGGAAUGUAUUCAUCCCACAAACUCCUUAUUUUACAUGAGACAAGAUACAGACAACCCAUGGUGGAAGCAAACUGCUAUCGAUUUAUGGGACAAUCAAUUUCUCUUUUGGUCGGUGAUUGGAGGAUUUGUCACCGUGUUCCCUGUUGUUUACAUCCCGGUCAUCAACACCAAGGUUUUCCUUCACAAGGCCAUUGGAUGGGAAUGGGGAGUUGCUAUUGCAUGCUCAGUGUUGUUUCUCCUUGGAGCUGAAGCUUGGAAAUGGGGAAAACGUGUUUUCUUCAGAAGAUUGACAAAUAAAAAGGCAAGCAACCCUGAAUAUGAAUUGGAAAGAAACGACCCAUUUCAAAGAUAUGCAUCAUUCUCGAGAUCAGGAACCAUGGAUAAACAAACUGUCUUGGUUUAA